CACACACACCAACUAUGUGAAGAAAAAUAAAAAGAAGCAAAAGAAAAACCAAACACUUCAUUACUUUCAUAGUUUCAUCAUCUCAACCAACCAAAAAACAUUUGUAUGGUUACUAUGGAACUAUUCUCUCUAACUAUAUUCAUUACUAUAUCUCUCUUUACCAUAGUAAUAAUUUUGUACAUAUUCCGUACAACUAACAAAACCCGUAUGCCACCGGGAAGCACCGGUUUCCCGGUGAUUGGUGAAACAUUUCAACUUAUAUCGGCAUACAAGACUGAAAACCCAGAACCGUUCAUUGACACACGUGUGUUGAAAUAUGGGUCAGUAUUUACAACACACGUGUUUGGCGAACGCACUGUGUUUUCAGCUGAUGCCGAAACAAAUAGAUUUAUUUUGCAAAAUGAGGGAAGGCUUUUUGAGUCAAGUUAUCCUGGUUCUAUUGCUAAUUUAGUUGGGAAACACUCUUUGUUGCUAAUGAGAGGCAGUCUUCAUAGGAGAAUGCAUUCUUUGACUAUGAGUUUUGCUAAUUCUACUAUAAUUAAAGAUCAUUUGCUGGUUGAUAUAGACCGGUUGGUUCGGCUUAAUUUGGAUUCUUGGAAUGGUCGGAUUCUUCUCAUGGAGGAAGCCAAAAAGAUAACGUUCGAGCUAACAUUGAAACAAUUAUUGAGCAUUGACCCGUGUGAAUGGUCAGAAAAUUUAAGGAAAGAAUACAUGCUUGUUAUCGAAGGCUUCUUUUGCAUUCCUUUACCAUUCUUCUCCUUCACGUAUCGUCGUGCCAUUCAGGCAAGGAAAAGGGUGACAGAGGCAUUACAUUUGGUGUUGAGAGAGCGGCGAGUAGAGAGGGAAAGAGGGGUUAAGAAGAAGGAUAUGUUAGCGGCAUUGCUUGACAGUGAUGGUGGCGAUGUAAAAUUUCAUGAUGACGAGAUUGUGGAUUUUUUGGUGUCUUUAUUGGUUGCCGGUUAUGACACUACAUCAACCACUAUGACCCUCGCCGUUAAGUUUCUCACAGACACUCCAUCAGCUCUUGCUCAGCUUAAGGAAGAGCAUGACACAAUAAGAGCCAAAAAAGGCACAACGGUGGCUCUUGAAUGGGACGAUUACAAGUCCAUGCCUUUUACACAAUGCGUGGUUAACGAAACAUUGAGACUCUCAAACAUAAUUAGUGGUGUCUUUAGAAGAGCAAUUACCGACGUAAAAAUCAAAGAUUAUACAAUCCCAAAAGGAUCAAAAGUCUUCACAUCACUCAGAGCAGUUCAUCUUGGUCAACAUAAUUUUGAGCACGCUCGUGUUUUCCAUCCUUGGAGAUGGCAGAAAACUUCGGAAUCAAUGGAUUUCAUGCCAUUUGGAGGAGGACCAAGGAGAUGUCCAGGUUACGAGCUAGCCAGGGUUGAACUAUCUCUUUUCCUUCAUCAUUUCGUCACUCGUUUCAGUUGGAAGCCGGCAGAAGAAGAUAAGUUGGUGUUUUUUCCGACGACAAGGACACAAAAGCGGUAUCCUAUCAUCGUGGAACAACGUAAUGUAGUAUGAUAAUGUAAAGACUAAAGAAUAGUACGUAGAUAUAGAAAUCUGAUUCUGAUCCAAUGGGUUAUAUAUGACUUUGAUAUUGAUAUAGUUAAAUAGAAAUGUAUUAAGGAUCGAGUAUAAAUGUACAAUUUUAGGACGAUAAACUUUGGAAGAUCCAUCAACAAUUAUUAUAUUUCAGUUCUUCAAA